GAGCAAUGUGUGAUUUUUAGCGGCAUCUAGUGGUGAGACUUGCGAAUUGCAAACGGCAAGUCACUCGCGGCCUCUCCCUCCAAUUGCAAACUCUAUUUUGAAGCUACGGUGGCCAACGUAGGAUAAAGUCAAAGAGAAUAAACUAUGUCGUCGUCUGAGUCUGCAGAGAGUAGCAAGACAAGCAAUGAGGUUAGGGUUAUAUUUAUUAAAUUCUAUUUUCUUUAUUUUACAGUAAAUCAACAUGUUUUUGCGAUUGUUAUUUGAUCAUCAUUGUGUUGGUGUUUUAAUUCACAGACUUUACCAUAGUUUCUAUGCUAUUUAGUUAGAACAAGGUAAGAGCUAAGGGUAAGAGCAUCAAAUCAGCUACGUAAGGGGAAAUAGUUAACGUUAUGAUUUCCGAGGCAUCACUCGGACAGCAUUGUUUAUACACGUUUUCAGAGUCAGGAACAACCUGAAUACGCACCAGAGGUAACUGGAAGAGGGAGAGGGAGAGGGAGAGGGAGAGGAAGAGGAAGAGGACGGAGAGGCAGAGGUGUUGUAGGUGCAGUCAGGGAAGGGAGAGGCAGAGGAGGACCUACCCGCCGGAUCGAUGGCUCAGAGGAUGAAGAAAGAGUGUUAGCCCUCCAAAGGAACCGGAGAGCUGUUACUGAGAGACUUCUACAGGAGAUGACCCUAGAAGAACACCGAGAGCUCUCCACCCUUCUGCUUGAGAGACAGCCAGGCCUGGUCUUUGAUGCCUUGAUAAUGCAUCAGCGCAGACACGGUGCUCCACCUUCUGCUGGAGUCCCAGAAGUACCUUGGUGUACUUGUGGUAACUGUCGGGAAAUGCCUACAGACCAGGAGAGGAAAUGCUGUGGCCAGGAUCAAGCUAACUGUGUGAGCCUAAUGCCUCACUUCUCCCAGUACUGCCUUGAAGAAGGCUUUAUUCGCAUUCACAGACAGUACCGGGAGGACAUUACGGCAUUAGGCAACAUCAGGGAGCCUGGGGAUGACAACCGAGAGUACCGUUAUGGAGCCUAUAGACACUUUAUCUAUUGGCAACAUGGAGCUUUAGGCCAGGGAAACCGACUUGUCAUUCCCAGCUGUUGUGUACGGAGGAUCAGGGACAAGUUCCCUGAUCCUCAAGGACACUACACUGGUUUUAUUCCUGGACUAUGAAUUUCCUUCCAGGCCCUCUGGCAUGUUCAUACAGUUUCCACAAGUACUCCCAAAUCUGCCUCAGCAUCAUCAAGGCAUCAAACCAAUGUACAUAUUUACCGUUUGAUUUAUUAUUUUUCUAUAUAUAUUUAUUACUAUUGUUCCCAUUUUUAUGUCAUUUUAAUUUAUGUUUUACAGUUAUAUAUAUUGUUAUAGUUGUUCAUCUGUAGUUCUAUGUUAUUGAAAAAAUAAAAGUUAAGAAAUAGAAAAGCAUGGUGUUUUAUUUUC